CGAAAAUCCGGUUCGGUUUGCCUGCUUUGGGUCUACGCUGGGCCGCGACUUGGCCAAACCCGCCGCCUGCUCCCUGCCUGCUAAAGCUCUGGAUGCCAGAGAGCUGACCAUUGCGCUCAGUGUACGAGCCGCUAAAGCUCCUGGUAUAAAAGCGAGGCCAGCGAGCUAACAGCUCGCAAUUUGAGUUGCGCCUUUGAUCGUACCACAACUGCACCCGGGCCACCGAAAAUCACCGGAAGAGAAAUAAUCCUCCAAGAUGAAAGCCUCGCUAGCUCUAGUGUUCUGUGUUUGUGUCGGUCUUGCGGCAGCUGCUCCUGAAAAAACCUACACCAACAAGUACGACAGUGUCAACGUGGAUGAAGUUCUGGGCAACAACCGAGUGUUGGGUAAUUAUCUCAAGUGCCUGAUGGACAAGGGCCCAUGCACAGCAGAGGGUCGUGAACUUAAGCGCCUUUUACCCGACGCCCUUCAUUCCGACUGCUCAAAGUGCACGGAAGUCCAACGCAAAAACUCACAAAAGGUAAUCAACUACCUUCGCGCCAACAAAGCCGGCGAAUGGAAGCUCCUCCUGAACAAGUACGAUCCCCAAGGCAUCUACAGAGCAAAGCACGAGGGACACUGAGCGCUUUGCUUGUCCACCAAAUGCACUAAUUUCACAUGAACCUAAUUUAAACCAGAGAUCCACAGUAAAGAUUUUAGUUUUUUAUACCUAAAUGCG